UGCGCACUGUGCACACUGGUGCGCUUUUUGGUGUUGGAAGUCAGACAGGCAGCCAGAGAGACAGCGAGAGAGAUAGAAAGAGAGAGGGGUUUCUCAUACACAGACAUUUCAUUGCAUUGAUGUCUUGGAUGUACUCUGAUUGAGUAGCCUAGUUAAGCGUUUGGGGAAACUAUAAGAAGGCAGAAGCCAUGAAGAAACAACUCCACCAAAUACCCUAAAUACACCAUCAAGGAAUAAUGUCGAUGUAUAAUGGGACUGGAGAAACGGGCGGAAAGGACUACACCUAUGUACGGGUUUGUGCGUCGACCAUCGCCUUCAUAACAUUGGCAUUCUUCAACAUCGUCAUUAACUGGACUAUACUGCGCGAGGAUCGACUUCGGGGCCAUGCGCGCUUUGUGUUGGUUUUUCACCUGUUGGUGUCCGCUCUGGUGUACUUCGGAAUGUGUUCUGUUUUCUACCUCCAGAUCUACUUCGACGCCAAGCCUGUGGCAUCCAUAUGUGUGGCCAUGAUAACCGUCCUAAUCACCAGCGCGUCCAAUAUCCUUCUGACUCUCACUGCUAUGUCGCUGGACCGUUAUUUUGCUGUCUGCCAUCCUCUGUGGUACAAUUCUGUCUGGCAAUGGCCUUGGCUAGUUGGGCUACUGACAUGGGGACUCGCACUGGUUAUCCCCCUCACUCUGCUCUCCAAGACAGAGAUGCUCGGCAGUGAUACAAAUGUGGAAUGUGGAAGGGAACAGCUGAAGAAAGGUGGUCUGGAAAAAAUAUUGUUGAUAUCUGUGUGCACGGCGCUCAUUCUGUACAGUUAUGUAAGGAUACUGUUUGAGGGGCGACGGUUGGGAGUGAUGAAUCGACGCAACAUGGUCGGAUGCAAGACCCUCGCCCUGCACGGUACUCAACUCGCCGUAUACAUCCUCCCCAACUUCAUGAACUUUGUGCUAACAGUUCUCCAGAAACAAGGACACAUUGAGCCGGGGACCAAAGAACUGUCUGCGGUGGUUAGUUUCGCCUUCUUCAGCUUGGCGCAGUGCGUCGCACCAAUCGUCUACGGGUUGCGUAAAGAGGAACUCUUGGAGCAGGUGCAUCGCCGAUUCCCUUGUUGUUCCCGCCACCUGAAAACCGUCCUGGGCCCGGUUUCCCAAAAUCAUCUUAAGGCUAAUUUCAUAUUAGAGCCCAAAAGCCUCGGUUCUAACGAUGAAUUUCGCCUUAAGAUGCUUUUGAGAAACCGGGCCCUGGAGUGGACCUGGCGUGCCAUAACGCCUUGUCUGCAUUCCCAGUCAAGUGAAAGAAGACUGACGUUCCAGACACUCAUCUCACUGGAGCCCCCACAGACCCCAGUUUGAGGGGACGCCGGGAGCUUAGAAGCCAGCGUUCCAGACACUCAUCUCACUGGAGCCCCCACAGACCCCAGUUUGAGGGGACGCCGGGAGCUUAGAAGCCAGCAUUCCAGACACUCAUCUCACUGGAGCCCCCACAGACCCCAGUUUGAGGGGACGCCGGGAGCUUAGAAGCCAGCAUUCCAGACACUCAUCUCACUGGAGCCCCCACAGACCCCAGUUUGAGGGGACGCCGGGAGCUUAGAAGCCAGCGUUCCAGACACUCAUCUCACUGGAGCCCCCACAGACCCCAGUUUGAGGGGACGCCGGGAGCUUAGAAGCCAGCGUUCCAGACACUCAUCUCACUGGAGCCCCCACAGACCCCAGUUUGAGGGGACGUCGGGAGCUUAGAAGCCAGCGUUCCAGACACUCAUCUCACUGGAGCCCCCACAGACCCCAGUUUGAGGGGACGCCGGGAGCUUAGAAGCCAGCGUUCCAGACACUCAUCUCACUGGAGCCCCCACAGACCCCAGUUUGAGGGGACGCCGGGAGCUUAGAAGCCAGCGUUCCAGACACUCAUCUCACUGGAGCCCCCACAGACCCCAGUUUGAGGGGACGCCGGGAGCUUAGAAGCCACCGUUCCCGUAACUUCACUACCCACGAGCACUUCUCCUGUGCCCCAUAGACUGGGCUGAAGACGUUUUGUACCAGUCUGAUACUGCCUUUCAGAUGCCAUUGAGACAACGGUGGGUGGGGGGGACAUAGCAACCAGACGAAAGGUGUCGCUCUCACUAUAAACAUUUGAGACGAGUCUCCAUUUUCUUUUGCCGAUGAACAUUCAUACAGUACUUGGUUAUCCAGCAUCUGUACAAAGCUGUAAAAGUGCUUCUGUUCUACCCAGGGUGUCGUGACUUUAUAGGCUUGGGGCAUCACUAUGGACAGACCAGCCUCAAACGACCUGUAAUGCAUUAACUGUACUGUGUCAGAGAGGAGUCAAGCAGGAAUUUGACUUGUAUUACAGUACACCGCCACCUGACCAUCAGAAUUGACUGGAUGUGCAUUGUGCAAUAUAGCCUACUUUGAAAGAGUUGAUUUAUUAAUGAUAAUUGAAGCAGCAAUGUCUGAUUUUUUUGUGUGAGAUAAAGUCAAGACAUCUUUUAUGAGAUGGAAAGAUCCCGAUUCAUUCAAACAAGAGCCAGAUUGAACAUUGUUGCCCAUCUUCUUCGCCAUGUGAACCUCAAUGGCAGAUUCUCUAUAAUAAAAGAGCUGAAACUGUGAACAGCACGUAAUCUGGAGCAGUAUUUGUAUUUAUUGUGGAUCCCCAUUAGCUGCUGCCAGAGCUCUAUGUAGUACUGUGUGCCUCCCAUAGUCUGUUCUGGACUUGGGGACUGUGAAGAGACCUUUUGUGGCAUGUCUUGUGGGGUAUGCAUGGGUGUCCGAGCUGUGUGCCAGUAGUUUAAACAGACAGCUCGGUGUAUUCAACAUGUCAAUACAUCUCAUAAAUAAAAGUAGUGAUGAAGUCAAUUUCUCCUCCACUUUCAACCAGGAGAGCUUGACAUGCAAAUUAUUAAUAUUAGCUCUCUGUAUACAUCCAAGGGCCAUCCGUGCUGCCCUGUUCUGAGCCAAUUGCAAUUUUCCUAAGUCCUUUUUUUGUGGCACCUGACCACACGACUGAACAGUAGACAAGGUGCCACAAAAAUAGGGAUUGUAGGACCUGCCUUGUUUAUAAUGUUGUUAAGAAGGUAGAGCAUCGCUUUGUUAUAGACAGAUUUCUCCCUGUCUUAGCUAUACUACUGCAUCAAUAUGUCUUGACCAUGACAGUUUACAAUCUAGGGUCACUGCAAGCAGUUUAGUCAUCUCAACUUGCUCAAUUUCUACAUUAUUUAUUACAAGAGUAGUAGCUCUGUGGUCGAACUCGCUUCACUUCAGUUUGUGUCAUACAAUCCAUUCUGGUUUGCAGUGCACAUCCACUAAUAAGGAAGGGGUUAAUGUUUGUUAUCUACACACAAUCAGUGUUCACACAUCGCUUCAACUCAUUCCUGUAAAUGCUUGGUUAGGUUCAGUAAAGGAGGAUGUUGAAGUAAAACAAAAAUGAAUGUUGAGUUUAGUAGACUAGAGGGGUUGCAUUUCACAAACCCAGAUUACGCCUGGUUUUAAUCCUGGACUAUAAAGUGCUUUCAAUGAAGACUUGUCUCAACAUGCUUUUUUGUUUAGGUUAAGGAUUAAUAUGGGUUUGUGUACCUGGCCUGCCUCUCAAAUGAACAGAAUUAGACUUUUAUGAACGAUGGGGGGUACUACUAGGCUAUAUGGGAUUGUUUUAAGAAGGUCAAACCAAGGAUAAUUUUGCUAUUGGAUUUAGAAUUUUAAAACACUGAAGUAUC